AUGGACGUACCCGGCUUUCGGGAUGUGUGUCUCUCUUGUGCGCAGGCCGUCAUUGAUAUUCCACUUCCAUACUUGAUUGGCUUCGUCGUCUCGACUCUUAUUGGACUUACUUUUCUUGGAUACACCCUCAUCUUCCUACUCGCACCUGUCCCGAGACCUCCGUUCCCUGAGGAAAAGACCUACCAGACAAUUGCAGAAGAUGGCUCCAUCACGCCACCCAAAGCACUGCCAUGCUGGUAUGACCGCAUAGGAGCCCAACCAUCCGAUGAUAACAGAAGUGAUAGCCUAGAGGAUGCCGAAUUGUUUAUGUCCGUCGUAGUCCCCGCGUACAAUGAACAAGAACGUUUGCCUGGGAUGUUAGAAGAAGCAGUAAACUAUCUUGAGCGAGCAUAUGGAACCCUGACGCCUCACAUAAACGGCUUAGGGAAGCGGGAAAAUCCCAAGCAGGACAGAAUCGGAACCACGCGCAAACGCAAAACGAACAACGUUGGUACAUCGGAAGGUUUAUUGAAGGGCUGGGAGAUAAUAAUAGUGUCCGAUGGAUCAACGGAUAAAACUAUUGAUACUGCACUAUCCUUUGCGAGAGAUCACCAGCUAUCCCUCCAUCCAAAAGGCCAUGCUGGACCGUGGACUUCAAAGUUGAGAGAAGGUGUCCACAUCCCACCGGGCACGAUCCGGGCAGUUACAUUAAAACAAAACCGGGGCAAAGGAGGCGCCGUCACACAUGGAAUGCGGCAUGUUAGAGGCAAAUAUGUCGUUUUCGCCGAUGCCGAUGGCGCAAGCAAUUUUAAUGAUCUCGGUAAACUAGUUCAGGCUUGUCAACAGGCUGAAGAUUCCGAACUGCGGGGUGUGGCUGUAGGAUCUAGAGCACAUCUAGUCGGAAGCGACGCUGUGGUCAAGCGCUCCAAACUCCGCAACUUUCUAAUGCAUGCCUUCCAUAUUACAAUCCGUCUUCUUACCCCUCCACGUACCGCGCAAAUUAAAGACACCCAGUGUGGAUUCAAGCUCUUCUCCCGCGCCAGCUUACCAUACAUAGUUCCUUAUAUGCAUUCCGAAGGUUGGAUAUUCGACGUUGAAAUGCUUAUGCUGGCGGAAUUCGCGAACAUUCCCGUUGUCGAGGUCCCAGUAGGAUGGAGAGAAGUCAAGGGCAGCAAGUUGAAUGUUGUUUGGGAUAGUCUGGGGAUGGCAUGGGGAUUAGCGAUGUUGAGAGUGGCCUGGGGAUCCGGGGUCUAUAGAAGGCGUGUAUGA